AUGAAUCUGCGGGCAAAGGUUCACCCAGCUGUUAUUCCUCCCUUUCGGGCUGUACUGAAACCACGCGCAACUACAGGUCAUGCCCUCAUCUUCACCUUUCCUCCGCUCCUGGGCAAGCUGAACAUCGCCUUCGAUGGGGACGAGGGUGUGGAGGCGCAGCGAUACGAACUCAAAGAACACACCGAGUUGCCAGCACAGCCCUCGGAGCCGCCGCCACCACUACCAGACCCAGCCGCGGACAAACCCAAAACACCGCAGGCCACAACCGAGGAGCAAGAAGCCGCAAAAGACACCAAAAACAAUGAAGCCACGCGGGGGAAGUGGAAGAACAAGGCUGAGUUCCUGCUGUCGUGCAUCUCUAUGUCCAUCGGCAUUGGUAACAUCUGGAGGUUCCCGUUCGUGGCUCUGGAGAACGGCGGCGGUGCAUUCCUCAUCCCUUACCUGAUCGUGCUGCUGUUCAUUGGCAGACCGAUGCACUACCUGGAGCUCAUCCUGGGACAGUUCUCUUCCUGUGGCCCCAGUCAGGUGUGGGAGAUGCUGCCCGCGUUCAAAGGUGUUGGUUACGGUCAGAUGCUCGUCAACUGGGUCGUGUGCACCUACUACGUCUCGCUGAUGGCCACCUGCUUGUUCUUCUUCUUCGCCUCCUUCAACCAAGAGCUGCCGUGGGCGUCGUGCGGGCUGUGGGCGAGCGAGGCGUGUGUGGAUGGCGCGACCAACGUGACCAUGCUGCAGGGAGGCACGUCGGCCGCGGAGGAGUACCUGAUGUGAGUGUGUUUAGUGUGCG